UUUCCUAUACAUACAUUUUAUUACACGAGGUCAAUUUCUCCCGGCACCUAUUUUUUAUGUACUCCAACUCGUAUUAUAUAAUGCAACAUCCACCAGGCACCAACUGCUUUAACUCAUAAAAUAUUCCAAUAAUAAUAUUUACAUCACAUUAAAUCUAUCACCAACACUCCCUUCCCUCUCUCCUACACAUUUUCUAAAAUCAAUGGCACUCUAUUCUCCUGCUUUUCCCCCAUCUUUCCCCCUUCAAAAUCGUCGUCGAUUCAAUUACUACUUGAACCGAUUACCAAUCAAAGCUACGAUUAUACAUCCACCAAAACCAACUGAAUCCGCAUCCGACCCCAAAAUUUUAUUGCCCGUCAAGAAAAUACCCGGUGAUUACGGCCUUCCUAUUAUUAGCCCAAUUAAUGAUCGCCGUGACUAUUUUUACAACCAAGGUAGAGAUGAGUUCUUCAAAUCUAGGAUUCAAAAAUAUAAGUCAACAGUUUUCAGAGUCAACAUGCCACCUGGCCCUCUAAUCUCUUCUAACCCUAACGUCGUCGUUUUGCUUGAUGGCAAGAGUUUUCCGAUUCUUUUCGACAAUUCUAAAGUCGAAAAGAAAGACCUCUUUACCGGGACUUUUACUCCUUCUCUUGAACAUACCGGCGGCUACCGAGUUCUCUCUUUCCUUGACCCGUCCGAGCCGAGUCACGAGAAGCUAAAAAAGCUGAUGUUUAAACUCGUUUCCUCAACUCGCCACCGUGUGAUCCCCGAGUUUCAAGCUUCUUUCUCUGAGUUAUUCGACGGGUUAGAGAACGAGUUAGCUACAGAUGGAAAAGCUAAGUUCAAUGAAGCUAAUGAUCAAGCUGCUUUCAAUUUUCUUGCUCGGGCUUGGUAUGGUGUUAACCCUUGUGAGUCAGAACUCGGACUCACUGGACCCAGUAUUAUUUCAAAAUGGGUACUGUUUCAACUCGGUCCAAUACUUUCUCUUGGACUCCCUAAAUGUAUUGAAGAACUCACACUUCAUAGUUUUCGAUUACCUUUCUCUCUCAUCAAAAAAGAUUACCAGAAACUCUACAAUUUCUUCUACCAAAACUCUACAGAGCUUCUAGAAGAAGCUUCCCAACUUGGGAUCUCACGCGAUGAAGCAUGCCAUAACUUGAUCUACACCACGUGCUUCAACUCCUUUGGAGGCAUGAAAAUAUUCUUCCCAAAUAUGAUCAAACAAAUCGGCCGUGCCGGGGUGAAUCUCCACCGUAAACUUGCGGAGGAGAUUCGGUGCGCUGUCCGAUCCAACGGUGGGAAAAUAACCAUGUCAGCAAUGGAACAAAUGCCGUUGAUGAAAUCAGUGGUAUACGAAUCACUUAGAAUAGAACCCCCUGUGCCGUUACAGUACGGCCGUGCCAAAAUAGACUUAAUCAUCGAAUCUCACGACGCAGCGUUUAAAGUUAAAGAAGGAGAAAUGUUAUUCGGGUAUCAACCAUUUGCUACGAAAGACCCGAAAAUAUUUGGUCGGGCCGAGGAAUUUGUACCGGACAGGUUUAUUGGAAAAGGAGAAGAGAUGUUAAAGCAUGUGUUAUGGUCAAACGGGCCCGAGAACGAAAGCCCAACUGUCCAUAAUAAACAGUGUGCUGGAAAGAAUUUUGUUGUAUUAGUUUCGAGAUUGUUGGUUGUUGAAUUAUUUUUGAGGUAUGACUCGUUUGAAAUUGAUGUUGGUUAUUCGCCAUUGGGUGCUAAAAUUACUGUUAAUUCUCUUAAAAGAGCUACGUUUUAAAACUUAUUAAAUAAAAAUACAAAUUUAGGAAUAGUUAUUUUUUUAUUGAAUAGUAAAUAUAAUUUUUAUUU